UAAUUUUGCUGACAAGGAUGUACCUACAUGUGUUGUAAUUGUUAUUAUAUGGAAAUGGUGUAUUAUUCAUGAAAGUAAUUAUAUCAGUAAUUAAUAAAUAAAAUUCAUUAAAAAUGGAAACUAUUCUGGAACAGCAACGUCGUUAUCAUGAAGAACGAGAGCGAUUAAUCGAUGCAAUGGUCAAGGAAAUGCUUCACAAAAAAACAAGUCAUCGAGAACAAAUUAAUUCUGAUCAACGGUUAAAGUAUUUACUAGAUAGAUAUUUAACUAGUACUGAACGUUUAAUGGACCUUUAUGAGGAUAAAGAUGGGCACCGUAAAGCAGAAGUUGCUGCUCUUACUGGACCAAAUGAAUUUCAAGAAUUUUACAGUCGAUUGAAACAGAUAAAAGACUUCUACAGAAAACACCCCAAUGAGAUAAGUGUACCCAUGUCUGUUGAGUUUGAUGAACUUGCCAAAGCAAGAGAGGACCCUACUGAGGAAUUAGCCAAUCUAGUUGAAUUUACUGAUGAAGAAGGCUAUGGUAAAUAUUUGGAUCUUCAUGAAUGUUAUGAAAAAUACAUUAAUUUAAAAGGAAUUGAAAAAGUGGAUUACAUUGCAUAUUUAAGCACAUUUGACCAGUUAUAUGAUAUUCCCAAGGAAAGAAAAACAGGCGAAUAUCGUCGCUACCUUCUUGCUCUUAUUGAAUAUUUGAGUUGGUUUGUUCAACGUGUAAAACCUUUGAUGGAUUUGGAUACAGAACUUCAAAUUGAAGUCAAUUCUGUUCUCCAACGUUGGGACAGUGGUACAGUUCCUGGUUGGCCUAAAGAAACUGGUUCUGCAUUGGCCAAUGUUGGAGCCCAUUUAGAACUGUCAGCCUUUAAUAGCUGGGAAGAAUUGGCAUCUUUGGGGCUAGAUCGUUUAAAAUCAGCCCUUUUGGCAUUGGGAUUGAAAUGUGGAGGGACUCUUGAAGAACGUGCUCAAAGAUUGUGGGCCACCAAGGGUUCAACAUCUCUUGAUCCUUCUCUUAUGGCUAAAAAUAAAGGUGGUAGAGCCAGUAAAGAAAAGGAACUGUUAAGGCAAAGAGAACUUGCUUGCCUUGAAGCCCAAGUUUAUAAACUUGCCGAGUUAGUAUCUCAACAACGAGCAGCAACUAAAGAAAAUGUUCAAAGAAAACAAGCAAGAACAGAUGGGGAACGAGAUGAUAGUGAGAACGAGGAAAGUGACGGAGAAAGUUUAGAAGAUGACACCGACGACGUUCCAUACAAUCCUAAGAAUUUACCCCUUGGAUGGGAUGGAAAGCCAAUUCCCUACUGGCUUUAUAAGUUGCAUGGCUUGAACAUAAGUUACACUUGCGAAAUAUGUGGAAAUUAUGUGUACAAAGGCCCCAAGGCAUUCCAGAGACAUUUCGCAGAAUGGCGUCACGCCCAUGGGAUGAGAUGCUUGGGAAUACCAAACACUGCUCAUUUUGCCAACGUUACACAGAUUGAAGAUGCCCUUGCACUGUGGGAGAAAUUAAAAGUCCAAAAGCAAGCAGAAAGGUGGCAACCUGAAACCGAAGAGGAAUAUGAAGAUUCACAGGGUAAUGUGGUCAAUCGUAAAACAUAUGAAGAUCUUAAAAGGCAGGGGUUAUUAUAAUAUCUUUUUAAAAGUCCCAAAAUACAAACGAAUACUAAAGUGUAUUUAAUUGUAUUAUUUAAUAUGAAUAAAUAAAAAUAAUUUCUUGAAAACAGU